CGGGAGCCUGCAAAAAGGAACCUUGACAUGCAAACGCACACCAAGUGCCAAGCUUGAUCGGCGCUCUCGCCUCUGCUGGUUUCUGUCGCUCUGCAGCUGCAGGUUGUUGAGGCUAUUGUUUUGUGUCUCGGUUGCUGCUUUCUACCCUUCCUAAGACAAGGGUCUACAGUCACAGGAUAACGCUGUCCUUAGCACUUUGUAUUACAGAAUGAUGUAAGUGCAGAAGAAGGUUUCCAGCCAACACAAAUAUGGGCGCAAAUACUUCCAGCAAGUCACCAGCAUUUGAUGAGAAUGAAGAAGUCACCUUUGACCAUUUCGAAAUUUUGAGAGCCAUUGGAAAAGGCAGCUUUGGAAAGGUAUGCAUUGUCCAGAAGAAUGACACCAAGAAAAUGUAUGCAAUGAAAUACAUGAACAAACAGAAAUGUGUUGAGCGGAAUGAAGUGAGGAAUGUCUUUAAAGAGCUGCAGAUCAUGCAGGGUCUGGAACACCCUUUCCUUGUUAAUUUAUGGUACUCAUUCCAGGACGAGGAAGACAUGUUUAUGGUGGUAGAUCUGCUUCUUGGAGGUGACCUGCGUUACCACUUACAGCAAAAUGUCCGCUUCCAAGAGGAUGCUGUGAAACUGUUCAUUUGUGAACUGGCCUUAGCCCUGGACUACCUCCAGAGCAGAAACAUUAUUCACAGGGACAUCAAGCCUGAUAACAUCUUACUGGAUGAAUACGGCCAUGUGCACAUCACAGAUUUCAAUAUUGCCACAGUGCUAAACAAGGAUAUGCAGGUCACCACCAUUGCUGGCACAAAGCCAUAUAUGGCACCAGAGAUGUUCAGUUCCACAAAACCUAUUGGCUACUCCUAUGCUGUUGACUGGUGGUCACUGGGUGUUACAGCCUAUGAACUUCUUAGAGGCCGGAGGCCAUAUCAUAUCCGCUCCAGCACUGCUGCAACAGAAAUUGCCCAUGUAUUCAAGACAGCCACAGUAAUGUAUCCUGCUGCUUGGUCAAAGGAUAUGGUGUCAUUAAUCCAGAAGUUAAUGGAGGUAAAUCCAGAUGAACGGCUUUCUCAACUGACUGAUAUCCAGGAUUUUUCUUAUUUGGCUGAUAUCAACUGGGAUGCCGUUUUACAAAAGAGAAUAAUGCCUGGAUUCAUUCCUACUAAAGGCAAGUUGAACUGUGACCCAACCUUUGAACUUGAAGAAAUGAUCCUGGAGUCCAAGCCACUUCAUAAGAAAAAAAAACGCUUAGCCAAGAAGGAAAAGGAAAGCAGUAAGGAUGAUUCCAUGGAGGCUUACCAGCUUCAGAAAAACCUGGAGAUACUCCAAAGGGACUUCAUCAUUUUCAACAGAGAAAAGAUGAGGAAACAACAUAAUGAAAUGCAAGAGAACCUGACACUGGCACAAACCAAAGAUGACCAGGAAGAAGAUGACCAAAAUAAUAAUCUGUGAAAUCAAUUGAGCUUCAGAUCUGAUUAUACUGUUGAAGAUCCAGGUUACUCUGGUGAUACUGUUGAAAAUCCGUUUGCACCGUAGGUACUUCAUGGAGCUCAACACAUAAAAUCAGGAACUGUUAUGUCAAGGUAGAUACCUUGCUCUGGAGCCAAACCUGAAGCUGAGUGUCUCCUUCUGCCGUAAGGAGUUAAGCUCUAGUAUCUUGCCUUCAUAAAUAAGGCACAGAUUCUCAUUUUAUGCCUUUUCUAUUUUUUUUAAAUGUGAGCAUAGACAGCAAAUAAUGUUUUCUUACGCAAAGGAAGCAAAAUGGUGGAAGGUCAAUUUCACAUUUCCUUUAUGUAGCAUUUUUUUUGGCAGGAUUUUGGGGUAUUGAUACCAGAUUCAGUCAACUGCUUGUAGGAAAACAUAAGGGUUUGCUUGUUGAGUGGCUGCAUAUUUUAACAAAUGUUUCAGAAAGAAGAGCUAGAACCACAAAUGCACGAAUGCAGUCCAGUGGAUUCCAGAGGCAAUAUCAAAUGUUGAUAGUAACAGCUGCUCUUUCCUACAGGUUAUAUUCAGUGCACCACCUAAAAAUAUAUAAAGAGAAAUGCUCUUUUGAUAUAGGCUCUUUCAGAUAUUGGCAAUAUAUGUGUUAACUAGCAAUCAAAGAUUAACCCAGUGCAACUUCAUGCAGAGGAUGUGAAUAUGGCCUUGUAGCUGCUAUGUGUGUCAGAAAGCAAAUCAGUGAUCAAGGUAUAACAAAUUCCAGAGGGUAGCUGAGCCUUAUUAUUCUGCUGUAGCAAAGAACAUUAGAGGCUUAGGGCACGUUGAACUCAAAUAGAUUUAUUGUGACUUAAGUUAUAUAAUAAGUAACUUUUAUGGUCUACCACAAAGACUUGUUUGUAGAUAGAACACACCAGCAAGUUCAGUAGACUACUUCAGCCAUUAUAUCGGGCAGGAGGGAUGAUUUUAAAUAUUUUUAAUAAAGGCAACUACUAGGGAAAAACAGAGGCUGUCUGCUAAAGCUCCAUGUCUUAUGCUUGGUUACCAUUAGGUUAAUUGUAUAUUUUUCACAUUGUUAAGUGCAAUAUGAAGCUUUGUAGCGUUAGGUUGCUAUUUGAGCUGAUAUAAAUUCAGGUCUACUAGGAGCUGCCAAAAGUCUGAGGUGUGAGCGUAUCAGGCAUUAGGUAAGCCUCCCACUAUUAAGACUACUACUUUAAGAGAAAUAAAUAUAGUAUGUAGCCAGAAAACACUGAUAAUUCAUUAGGAGUGAGUAAAAAUACUGAAGUGGAAACAAAGCCAGAAUCUCAAAAUGGAUUCUUUUCAAGACGUUUGGAAUUCUAAUUAAAAUGGAGUAAAGAAUUGUUCAUGUCUAGGACCGACCUAUGUAAAAUGGUAACAAAUGGCCUUUCAAAUGGCCUUUCAAAUGGUAACAAAGUAUGUCCUUUAUAGCGUAAUGAACUUUCUCAGAAACUAGCAGGCAUCAUUUUAAAGUUUCACAGACUUCAAUAGGAGAGUUAAGCACCUCCCAUUUAAAUUAAUAGGAGUGUUUAACUCUGCUUUGAUAGAAAUUAAAAGAUGUUGGGCACCAUUUAGAAGUAGGAGAUGGUCAUUUGAAUAACCUAGCAAGCAAUCCAGACUUCUCUAUAGGCUCACUGCAAACUUUUUACUGCCAUUUUAUUAAUCUCAGGCUUCUCUUGUAUUUGCUCCAGGAGUAUGUAAUUCAUCUAUAUGCACUAAUAAGUAGCUGGAGUGGAGAAACAGGUUGAUAAACACCCAACACCCCCUAAAAACAAACUAGGCUACUUGAAAUUAAAGUAGAAUAGCUGUCUUGGGUGCUAAAGUAAAAUGAUAUUCUCUAAAUCUCAUUGGUUACAUCACACACCAGUCUUAUAUACACAGAACAUAAUUGUCAGUUCUGAAAAAAAACAUUCUGUCACUGUUUUAAAAACUCCUAAGUUCUGGUUCAGGCUCCCAUCUGCUUUACCCUUGAGAGCAACAAUGAGGCCAAAGGAUAGUUGUCCUCUUGAGAGAAUUAUUCCAAAAACAGACAAGAUUUGUAUAGUUUCCCCCACAUUAGCUAAAGUUGUUUGGGGAAUGUAAUUACAACUUUAACAGUGCCGUCAACAGCUGAUGGAAUCAUUAAAUUCAGAGAUGCUGCUGCUUUGUAGAGAUCCUUUUAUCUGAAUCUCUGCUGUAGCCUUUUGAACAGAGAUGUCAUUAGAAUUCAUCAUAGGACAGUAUCAUCCUGUCCAAAAGAUGGUCUUCUUUCAGUCCUGGCUCAGUAAGUAUAAUAGAUAACAACUGUCUGAACUGAUUCUCAAGUACUACUGUACUUUGUCUAUCCCAAACUGCAGGGAAACCUAGUUGACAGUACCAGCUUUAGCUGUUCUCUCUUGAUGCAGAGCAAGAUAGAACAAGCUGAAUGUAUUGUUUCUUAUCUGGCAGUUGCCCAGUCAUCUGUGGAAACUGAAGAGAUAGCAGUGGUUUACAAAUAUUAUAAUGAAGUAAAUGAAUUGUUCCUUGCUGCUCUGUAGUAUCAAGAAAAAUACCUACAUCCUUCAAGACAGUUUUUACCCCACUUAUCAGAUACUACCUUGUAAGAUUUAGCUCUGUGUAAAGCUAGCAGUUUCAAUCCAGUUUCAUUAGUGUGAUGUGUGAACAGGAUAGAUUUUUUUCCAGCAGAUAUUGCAACUUACGAUGUACAUUCCUGCUCUGGGAACCCAGUUAAUUGGAAACGAGAAAAAGGGUUUUACAAAAUGGACACGGGACAGGAAAAGAUUUGUCAGUGUUUGCUUUUUUCAAAAGGCUGCAUGAGAGCUACCCUGUUUUGAGUAGUAGCAUCAACUGUUUCACCUCUACUGGUUGGAAGUUCCUGUGACAUCACCAGCAAUUUCUAGUAGGUGCCCAUGAGAUGCAAUUAAACCCCACGAAGCACUUGCUAUUAUCACAGGCCUGUCACUUGUAGCCUAAAAUUGGUAGUUUACGGCAACAUCACACUAUAGCCUGAAUUUUGGAAAAUGAGUUUUCUAUCAGUUGGUGCCAGGGGGAGGGGUACCCAGAUGUUCCACAACAGGAACAGUGCAUUUAAUGUACAAUUAAGUUGAGUAUAAAAGCCUCAUGUCUAAUUUGGAUCCCAAAGUGAUUUGCAUCAUGUUGAAGUAAGGCUCCAUGGCCCAAUUUUCAUAUUCAGAGUGAUAGAAACAGACAAGUCUGUGGAUUUAAAAGGUCAUAAACUAUUAGCUGUUUUGAUACUGCUACUCUGAGAUGUUAGAAAUUAUAAGGAUUACAGGAUUUAUUACUUUUGUGUAAUAAUCUCCCCCCCCCAUAUUCUGACCAGUGAAGGGGCAUUCAACACACAUCGGAGUAUAGUUUGAGGAAUAAGAGCACCUGUGCAGUGGUGACAAAGCUGUUCAUGGAAACCAGCUGUCUGCCCAGCAGAAGCUAAAAUUGUCUGAGUCUCCAAAUGCAGCAAAAAUGAGAUCAAAGAGCUUGGCUGCUACAUUCUUCUUUCUUGAACCAAAAUGGAGGACAAAGAAUAGAACAUAAAAGCAUGAACACUAAUGAACAACUUAAGUGGUUAAUAAUUUUAUUCAGUUUAGUUAAAAUACAUAAAAUACGUUUUUUACUCUUCUAUUUCCUAAAUAGUCUAUUAAACUUUCUAUGAGACUUGCUGCGUGCACACAUUGUCUUUUUUCAUUUUUUAAAAAAAAAUACAAAUUCGAUGUCUUAGUUUCUUAAAUGAGUAAUAUGGUUUCAGUUGGUGCCAUCCAAGCUACAUCGUCAUGCCUGUUUGCUUGGUAAAGUCAGCUUGUCUGCCCUAUUUGUCACUGUCAUGGACAGAGGGGAAAUUUCUGCAAGGUUAAAGAGUUUAGAAGGGCUUUUAUAUGACCAGCAAUCACUCUUCUGAAAGGGAAAAUCAGGUAUGGGUAGCAUAGUGGGCCCAGAACCUCCUGGUGGUAGCUGUGCCUAGUUGGUUUAAGGAAGAUGCAUUAGCCACUCUGGCAGCCUGUAUUGCUGAUUGUCCCCUGCUGCAUUCCUGCCAGCAUCAGCCCGUGAACUCUGCAUCCAGUAUGGGCCACAGUCACUGCCCAGGGAAGCUGUUAAUUUUAGGUGCUGCACAGCAUCAGACUAUGGAGAAGUAACAACAGUAGCAGUAGUUGCUGUAAUAACCAAAAGGAACACAUUUUUUAAAACCGCCUAUACAUAAAAUAGAGAAGGAAAGAAAGAUGUUGUAAAGUGUUUUGGGUUCCCAUUGGGGAGAAAAGCAGGAUAUCAGUAUCUAAAUAAAUAAAUAUAUGACACAUCCAUUUGUUUCAAUGAGGAAAGUGCAAGAGAACUUCCCACUGGAAUGUUUGCAGUGCACCAAAGAGAUAUUUUGUUAUAGAGGAGGCUGAACUGAGAAGGCUUUCACAGUACUGUACUGCCUAGCCUCUGUUUCCUAAUAAUAUUGCUAGAAAUUAAGAUUAGAUUUUUAUAUAUGUAAAAUUAAUCCACUUUAAUUUUGCACAACAGGAAAGUACCUCAGACAGAAGUAAAAUGUUCUCACAACCCUCUCCCUAUUCUCAAACACUCAAAGUGAUUUGGAUAGUAAAAAAGUCAGAGCUGUGAUUCAGCUCACUGAUGCUUAAGGUUCCAUACAGCUUACAGAUAAAACAGCAUUUUAGGGACAACAGAAACCUGCUGCCGCCAUUUUUCAUCCCUAAUAAAAGCAAGAGAAACUGAUUCUUGGCAAGUGGAGAUUGACUGAGACAUGCACAAGUCUGCCAGCCAUUAACACUAGUAACUAGGUAAUGCCAAAAGCAAUCCAAUACAUAGUAGAUUAACAAAGUUUUAAUGAGUACACUAUGCACAACUGUAUGCAAAAUAACAUGCAGGAACAUCAGACAAUCUGCAAUGGCUGUUUCACACACACACAGCUUUACUCCUCACUGCUACAGUUGCUACAUUCGUGAUAAAUUACACAUAAAUUGGUCUUAUUACUGAUACUAUAAUCUCUGAGACUGCUAAAGAGAAAUUCAAAUAGUUUUUUUCUGAGUUGUACUUUAUGUAAAUGUAACCUGAAAUGUAACUGUAGUGUAGACACAGCUGCAAAGUUAUUACCCCAGUAGAAAAUUAGUAUCUUUAGUGCUUGUCACUAAAUGGGCUCAUUCUGAGGACAGCUACAUCAGCCUCUUAAUGCAGCCAAAAUCUGUAGUUUAUUGUAGGUUCUGCCUCCAGCCCCUGCCCUUUGGCCUCCCUCUCUUUUGGUUCCAAGAACUGGUUGCCCUUUUAGCCUCAUUAAAUAUUCUUCUAUAAACCUUUAAACCAGUCUUUGCCCCAGUUUUGUAUAUGAGCUACAUCAUAGCUAUUCAUCAAUGAUUUUCAUUUCCAAAUUAAUCAUGGAAGUAGUAACAUUUAAUUUUGCCUUUUACUGAGGCAAAACCUGAAUCUGGUUUCCCAUAUAACCUUAGUUUUAUGAAAAACAAGUGGUGUGGAAAUUUCCUCACCCUGCCCCACUUCAUUGGCUGUUACUUGUGAGGACAGAGAAACUUGAAAAUCAGUAUACAGCAUAUUCUGCACUGCUAAAUAUUACAGGGAAGAGAAGUCUUAGGGUUGCAGCUGAUAGUAUGUCACCUAGGCCUUGCCACUAGCAUUAUAUAUAGUUCUAGCUAGAAUGAUGCAAAAAAUGACCAGCAAUCUCAAAGCCCCAGAUAUCCUUCAAAGAAUCAGACUUAAGAUGCGUGAAUUUGGACUAUCAUGAUCAUUACCUGUAUUUCAUCAAAACAAUUGAUUUACCUUCUCUAAGAGCUUGUCUCUCCUAUAUACCAAGUGCUGGUAUAAAGAUACUGUAUGUGAAGAACAGGAAUAAAGAAGCAAUCUAUUUAAAAAUUA